AUGACAAAUAAGGAUGCUGUAAUCAGACACGCGGCGGCCAACACGCCAUACAGCAUCUACUCUCACCCCAUAGAUUCAUACGGCCCCUCAUCAGGCAGUGUAAAGCCCCACUGCCUUCGAGGUCUCCGGCUCGCACACACCCCGCCUCCCGGGUUGUUAUGCAUCGGGAAUCGGAUCGCUCCCCGAGAUAUCAAUACACAAGGGCACUCGACGGCACCGGAUAAUCCGAUGCGUUCAGUCCAUGCACCCCGUAAGCUACCUUGGGGAAAGGGUUCAGACAACACUUAUGCCGGCACGAAGAGCACCCGGGACGAAGGGGGUGUCCUGAAGAGGGAUUCCGGCUUUGCGAGGCCCGAACCACUGGAGCCGAUCUCAGCCAACCUCGUUUGGACACUUCCGCUGCAGUCAGUCACCAGGCGCAAUCCACAUAACCCAUUCCUUCUCAACAAAAUGUUAUCCGACGGUCAUUUCACCCCUGACUCCGCUUCUUCCACUGCAGAGUUCAGCCAGCCCCAAAAAGAACGAACAAAGACAACGAUCCAAUCGCACAAAAUGGCCGCGAAAGUCGAGGCAUUAGGCUACCUGGCUCCUGGUCCCUGCGUGAGGUGCACCUACACGAACAAGAGCCACUUGUGCUUCCAAGACCCAACCAGGCCCAAUACCGCUUGCAGUCGGUGCAAGAAGUUGAAGGAGGGUUGUUCCUUCACCAAACGCAAGGCAAUCCCGAGGUCACCACGGCUGCCAGCGUCCUCGCAUAACAUCACGAUGUUCACGAAAGGGGAAAAACAUGACGUGAGCUCGUCGCCGCAAGAGCCGUCGUCGCAAGAGGCCUGGCCUAACAUCCGGUUUACCCCCAUCAAUAAGAACUGGCUUGGGAUUAAUCGAGAUAUCCAGAGGAAGGAGAAUCGGAGAGCGAAAAGGGAAAUCCAAAAACGCAUAGUGGAACGGACGUCGAUUGGGCUUCAGCCCGGCCUCGGCCCUCAAUACCAGUUUAUCUGGGGCCUGUUCUGGACGGUUGUUAGACAGAGGAUGAGCAAUAUCAAGGCAUGA